AUGGCAACACUCUUCAGAAAAUGGUUUCUUUCAGAUAGACCAGCAAACUCUGCAUUAGCAGACUUAGACACAAGAUUGGAUCCAAACAUUAACUGGAGAAAAUUGAAACACUAUAACCCAACAAUAAAAGAUAUCUUCCAUUAUGGAUUUCUCUCUUCUGUCUUACUCUUUGUCUUUAUUACAAAUCCAGCUCCAUGGCUAUAUAAGAUAGCAGCUUAUUUCCUAUUAUUCCUUCUCUUUUCUAUCCCAUUAACUUCGCAAUUUUUCUUUAAUGCUUUACCAAUUUUGACUUGGUUGGCUCUAUACUUCACUUCAUCUUAUUUCCCUGCAGAAAAGAGACCAAAGAUUACUGUCAAAGUAUUACCAACUAUCGAAACAAUUCUUUACGGAGACAACUUAAGUGACAUUUUAGCAACAACAACAAACUCCUUUCUCGAUAUCUUGGCUUGGCUACCUUACGGGAUCUGCCAUUUCGGUGCUCCAUUUGUUGUUGCAAUCGUCUUAUUUCUUUUUGCUCCUCCAACUCUUUUAAACGGUUACGCCUUUGCAUUCGGCUAUUUGAAUCUGUUUGGUGUGAUGAUUCAAAACUUAUUCCCUGCUGCUCCUCCUUGGUAUAAGAUCCUUUACGGGCUAGAGCCUGCCCAUUACGGUAUGCAUGGAUCUCCAGGUGGUUUGGCUAGAAUUGAUAAAUUAUUCCAUAUCGAUUUGUAUACUCCAGCAUUUUCAAACUCGUCUGUCAUUUUUGGUGCCUUCCCAUCCUUACAUUCAGGUUGUGCUACCAUGGAAGCCUUAUUCUUUUCUUAUUGUUUCCCUAAGCUAAGACCAUUAUUCAUCUUCUAUGUUUGUUGGUUAUGGUGGGCUACCAUGUAUUUAACCCAUCAUUAUUUUGUAGAUCUAAUGGCAGGGUCAGUAAUGUCAUUUGUCAUCUUUCAAUAUACAAAAUAUAACCAAUUACCAUUGAUCGACCCUGAUUGUUUUUGUAGAUGGUCUUAUGGUAUUCUAGAAAAGUUUGAUACUGUUAGAAAUGAUCCUUUAUCGUCCUAUGCUACUGGGUCAUAUACUGGAAGUGCAAGCGGUGCUACAAGAACCUCUUCAAAUAAUAUUGAAUACAAUAGCUCCAGUAAUGAAUAUCCUCUAGGUUUGGAUGAUGAUAUUGAUAUUGAAAAUGUCAGCCUUUCCAAUUUAACUACACCACCUUCUUCUGACUUUAACUCCUCAAAGGAGAAAAGUUACACUCCUUCUUCAAAUAAUACCUUUGAUUAA